AAUCAAUGUUUAUAUAGUGAAGCGUUCGCUUAGCUCGAUCGUCUGCUGUCGUUCAAUUUAUUAAAUAGUUUUUCCUUCAGUUUUUUUGGUUUUCCUAAUUAGAAAGUAUGGCAAAGCCAGUGAAUUUCAAGGAAAUGCCCUCCGAAAUGCCGCAGCCCAAGCGCAUUCAGCUUGAGGGCGAAAAGACAACGGUGGCCGAGGCCAUUAACUUCCUGAAGACGCAAUGCGAAACGCGCAAGGAGCACGUUCCGAAAGAUCCCCUUCAGGAGGGGCCCACCGUGGCGGACGAGCUCAACGCCCGCCUGGCCAUGGUCCAUGUGCGGGAGUCCCGUGCCAAACGCAUCCGCCGCCUGGUCAAGUAUCCCACCAACGAGAUCCAGGGAUUGUACAGAUUUAUCUGCGUCUGUCCCCGCUACCAUCCUUGCUAUGUGCCCUGCCAGCAUACGGGCCAGAUCAUCAUCGACCGGGACGUGUUGUCCCGGGAGGAGCACAUAUGCUUCCUGGCCACGCCCAAGAAGGACUUCUCCUCGCCCCAGUUGGCCAAGCAGGCACACUACUAUACCAAGAAGAUCUUCGUGAACCAAUGUACAGCGCGGGUGGAGCGCCUGGCCGAUCCGCAUCCGAUGCGAGUGAGUGACACCUUCAAUUUCUUCAAGGAGUACCUCUCGCCCCGCCACAUAGCCGCUCUGGAGAACCACAUGAAACCCAAGCCGCCGGUGGAGGUAAUGAGCAUGGAGAAGGCACUGGAGUAUAUGGAGGAGGAGAUGCGUCAGCGCAGGGCGGCGAGGCGCCUCCACAAACGCCGCUGCAAGGGGCUUAAGAAGCGCAUCCUGAUGCGCCAACGCAAACAGAUGCAGAAGAUCAUCUGCGUCCUCUUCGAGGAAAUGAAGGACUUUCUACUCAACGAUCAGUUUAUCGUGGACGAAAACUCUCCGCUCUGUAGUGUAAUCCUCGAAAGACUUCGCGAGUUUACGGAUCAAGAGUUCUACACGACUAGUAAUUUACGCGAGUAUCAGCGCAUAUUGGCCAACAACCUGACCGUUUGGAUCAACAAGUUCAUAUCGAACUUGAACAUUUACUUGGCGCCACAACAGAUGCCCGUCAAACGGCAGAUGAUGGCUGAGAACGAUCCCGAACAGUUUGUGCCCCUGUCAGAUUUCAUUUCUGUAUCCGAUGAACCGGGAGCAGAUGAAAUGAUGGAGGAUGUGGAACAAGGAGGCGCCGAAUAUGACGAUUAUGGUUAUGGGGAGGGCUACUUGACCGACGUUCUUAACAAUGACGACAUGUCGGAGGAAACAUUGCUUGCUUAGUUGUGUUAGAGCUUACCCUUCAGCUGUGUCCAAGUGAGCUCCUUGUAGACUCCAUUGCUGUGCACCUUGGCCCCGUGAUUCUUAAGUAUGUCCACUGGCAUUGCGCGGAAAAGGAAAUGUAGAAAAUUCUGUAAAGUAUGCAACAAAUUUGUAGUGUAAGACCCAAAUCAAAAGUAAAUUUUAAGUAUUGUUUUCCAA